AUGACCACCCAGCAGCAUAGCGAUGAGUCGCCGCAUAAAAUCAAUAUCAUCAGCUUCAACUGCUGGGGCUUGAAGUUCAUCUCCAAGUACCGACGCGAGAGACUGCUGGAGAUCGGUAAACGACUCGCAAAUGCCGAUUUCCCACCUGAGAUAGUUGGGCUGCAGGAAUGCUGGACCCAGGAGGAUUACAAUGCGAUCCGUAACGAGACGAGGCAUAUCCUGCCGUACGGCAAGUUCUACCACAGCGGAAUAUUCGGUGGGGGACUCGCGAUCCUGUCGAAAUGGCCCAUCGAGGAGAGCAGCAUGUUCCAGUACCCGCUUAACGGACGGCCCACUGCGUUCUUUCGAGGAGACUGGUUUGUUGGUAAGGGGGUGGCAUACGCGAGGAUAAGAAUUGGCCCUGGUUCAAAGGACGUUGCUGCUGUCUUCUGCACGCAUCUACAUGCUCCUUAUGAGCGGGAGCCAAACGACUCGUACAUCUGCCAUCGCACAGCUCAGGCAUGGGAGAUAGCAAAGCUGAUGCGCGGUGCCGCCGAAAGAGGCCAUCUUGUCAUCGGCCUUGGAGACUUUAACAUGCUACCCUUGUCCUUUGCCCAUCGCUUGAUCACUGCUCACGCGCCGGUGAGAGACGUAUGGCGCUACUUGCGACCAGAGUCGUCUAUUGGAGCAGCGAUUGAUGACGUCGAAAUCGCGCGCAACAGACCAAUUCCAAGCGCAGACUUCAAUAUACUCGAGAACGGUGCCACCUGUGAUGGAGCAUUCAAUACCUGGCGAUGGUCCAAGGAAGAUCAGAAGCGGAUAGCUCGAGAGGGCCACAUCAGUGUUGACGGCAGCCUGCCGGAUCCAUAUGCGAAGAGGCUGGAUUAUAUCUUCGUUGGGAACGGCUCAUACCUCAAUCACGACGAUGAUGGCGUUCACUCAUCCUCGUCAUGGAAAUGGAACAUCCACUCCGCCCGAGUCGGCAUGAUGGAACGUCAUCCAACACUUCACUGCUCUCUGAGUGACCAUUUCUCGGUCGAAGCAACCGUCGUCAGAGCUCACCCACCCGUUCAUCAGGCCAAGAGGAAACCAUCCAGUCAAACGGACGACGAUGAGAAUGCCCCCUUCCUACCCAUUCAAAGCCAUACCGGACCGAACACAGCUAUCAAUGAUUACGCCAUAUUACGGCAGACCUCUACUCUGCCCCCAGAAGCUACCAAGCAGCCCAUCCCCGCCUUAUCGGCCGAUGUAUACGACGAUAUCCUAGACAUGAUAUCUGUGUACAUGAUCCGCGAAAGGUUCCAGCGGCGAGCAAGGCUAGGCCAUUUCCUCUUCUCAAUAGUACUGUCCAUCGGAUGUUUCAUUGGAGUAUGGUGGACUCGCCAUCGAUAUGUCUCUUUCAUCCUCUGUCUUGUCAGCACGCUCAGUUUGUCCGCUGGUGUUAUUGACGGACUGAUCGGCGGGUUGUUCGUCAGCAGCGAGAUUCGUGCUCUAAAGGAGUUUCAAUGGGAGAUAAAGAACACUAGAAGGACGGUGCUGGGGCUUGGCCUCGAUAUAGAGGAGGAUCUAAGGUCGCCGAAAAAGAGUGCCUAUUGA